GUGAUAUAAUGCUAUCUGCUGUGUAGAUUAAUAAGCGCCCAGCCCUCGCUGCUCUCCUCGUGAUAGUCAGCCUCCUCUCAUACUUCAGCUAACAGGACAAACUUUGUUUACAGCCAAGCAGAGACAAGCAGCUGUGCAAAAGUUAGCUGUCAUUUCCCCCCCUCUUUGGCGCUUAAGAUGAGUAGUUUCUCAUAUUUAAAGAGUACUGGUGGCGCACGGUGCCCAAAUUGAGUCGUUGCUAUGGCUACAGCGCAAGGUGGCGACGUAAUUAAAAGACUCGGAGGUUGAUUAACGGCUCUUCUUCUUCUUCUGUCGCCUCUAGGCGUCGUUCAGCUUCAGGCAGAGGAGGAAAAAAACUCCUGGUUACAGAGGGGUAAAAAUACUCUUCACUGCUCUUACAUCAGAAGCAGUCUGGAGUAUUUUUGGGAGCUUCUGCCUCGCAGUGUCUCUUCAAGCGGACGGUUCGUUGCGGGAGUUUCUUUGGACACAGAGAGGACAGAAAAAACAGCGCAGGUGGAAAAGUUGAUGGGUCUGAAGCGGGGGAAUCUGGAGCCAGAAUGAAACCUUGAGCUGAUCUUUAGAGAUAUGGAGCAGGCUGAAGCAUCCAGUGCAGCGGUGGCUGCUGCUCCCAGGGGGGAAGCACUGUGCCCGAGGCGAGAUUUGGCUGGGUUCGGAUAACAACUGCUGAACUUUUUUUUGGCUCCUUCCAACAUCGUUUGAUGACUUUCUAUUAAGUUUUUGGUCGGUUUAUGUGCAUGCAUUUAGGAGAUGUGGAGCGCCUUUAUGAACGGCGCCGGGCUGCAGAGCGGGGGAUGUGUUCAAUCCCAGGGAUGGGAGUUUGUUCCUCGCUCCAGGAUUGAGAGAACUGACAGAGGCAGGGGCAAAAACCGCAGCCCGCUGAGGAGGAUCUCUUCUCCGCCCACCGUCUUCAGCCAGGCCCUGGAGCCCCCGAUCGGAGCUUCACAGGCCGGGGGAGAGGGAGGGGCAGGGGCCCAGCAGCUUGAGGUCCUCAGGGGACAAAUGUGGCCGGGGUCCGAACCCCAGCAGCAGCAGCAAAUACAGAACACACGGCUAAAAAAGAAACUAGAGGAUCUGAAGAAAAGACACGUUCAGGACAAAGAAGAUUGGAUGCGUGAGAAGGAGUUGUUAUUGAGACAAGUGGCUGACAUCCAAGGUGGGGAGAACAGGAGGAUUCUGCUGGACCUAAAGACGGUUUUGGAGGAGGUGCAGGCCGAGGUGAAGAAAGAGGAGGAGAAGAGGAGUGAGCUCCAGCUGCAGUACACUAGAGACCGAUGUGCCUGGGAGCUUGAGAAAGCUGAGCUCAAAUGCAGGAUUGCACAGCUGGAAGCUAGAGAAGCUACAGGAUUAGUGGGUGGAGGCCUCCAAUCAGCUUCAGGUCUUGGAUCGGUGACAUCGAGUGCCCGCAAAUCGAACAGCGACACCUCCACAUUCCUCAGGGAAAGGGAAGAGCAGCGGAGGAUCCUGGCUGACACCCACUCAGCAGCCAUGGACCUGCGCUGUCGCCUGGAUCACAACGAGAGGGACUGGUUGAGGGAGAAGGCUGAGCUGCUGGAGAGGUUUGAUGUGGAGAGGAGAGAGUGGGAGUGCCAGCUGAAGGACAUGCAGAAGAAAAUAGAAGAGUUGUGCUGUGAGGUGAGGUCCACCAGAGGGGGAGCGGCCCUGGACAGCAUUAGGCAGAAUGACAACUCGGGGCACAGACUCAGCGUGCGUUCGACCAGCACGGGCUCCAGCCUGCUCAGUGACCACUCCCGGUCCGAGCUGCUCAGCAGCAGCACUCAGUCAGAACCAACCAGAAACCCGCCAUCACCCACACCUGGUCUCAACAGGAGCAUCAGCACUGACGGUGGUGCCUGCUUACAAGCCGACAACCUGUUUGGAUUAAAUGUGGGGGCACAGUUCAGUCCGAGUGGCCCCUUACAACCCGAACCUUUGGUUGAUCCAAUAUCCAAAGAAACAUGGAAGCAAAACCCAUCAGGUGAUACUAAAACAGUUGUGGAAACAGAGCUGGAGGACUUUUAUCGUGGAGCUUCUGGGUUUGGGCCGCCACAGGAUUACGUUUCUGUAGGGAGGGAGAAAAAUGUCCAUCAAGUUCCUUCAGAAGACUGUCUGUGGACAGGGAUGAGUUAUGGCAGUGACAAGAGAAAGAACACUACUGCUCUUAAUGCUGCUCUCAAAGAAAUAGCCCGUGUUAGUGAGGAGCUCUGCAGCUACCAGGAUGAGAUCCGAAAAAAGAGUGGAGAUCAGAGGAACCAAUGGGAAUCCCUGUGUCCAUCGGAGCGACAUGGAACAGGCUUCCUGCAGGUGGAAGAGGCUCCUUGUGACCUUGGCCAGAUCUAUGAUGACCUCAAGGCUCUGCAGCAAGAGAACUGGAUCAAGUUGUCACCAGAAACCACAUGGAGAGCUGACAGAAGUUCAGCUGACAUAUGGAUUGCAAACCCUGCUGAUUCGUAUCACUACAGAGGCGCAGAGACCCAUUCUGAAGAGAACUCAGACAUGGAGACAGAGGCUCCACCCAUUCCUCCUCGCACUUCCUCCUGGAAUCUCAGCUCCUCGAAUCCAGACACAGAACUCCACAUCCCAGAGUCCCCUAUGGCCACGAUGAAGACGUGCCAUAGCCCCUGUGUUCUGUUGGACAGGAAGUGUAACAGCCCAUCCAUUGUCAGGAAGUUUGAGGCUAUGCUUCAGGAAAACGAGGGAAAAGUUUUUAAAGACGGCGUAAUAACAUCAUGUUCUGUACCUUCAAACUCCAACUGUAACACAGGCUGCUGCCACAAUCGCUGGUCAUGUGAUGCAGGCAAGUUGACUCGCAACAAACUUUCGACGUAUGGGACAGUCCAGAAAAGCUUCUCUGAGGUCAACAUAGUGACUGCUGGGAAAGAUCUGUGCCCAGAGAAAAACCCUGAUGCUGGAAAGCUGAAUAUGUUUCCAGUUAUCCAGGAAUUCCCUGUGGAUUCAGACUCUAAAGAAAUACCAGCUACUGGUCCCAGCCUCCAGGGCUCGAGAAGAAACCUGAUGCUAGAACGAAAAACAGCUGAGUUCAACAGAACUUUGUUCCAGGCAGAGAUGGGCCGCGAUGCAGACUGUUAUGCAGGAUCGGAGACCCGUUCUGAAGUCCUCGCAAUAUCAGGUCCUUUAUUACCCCCUGAAGAUGCUACAUCUCCAUCCACUUCUUCAGAUGUUUUCACUAACGUCACAGAUUCAUAUCCUAAAGUUUCAUUAUCUCCCUCUAUCUUGAAUCCGAGCAUACAGACCCCUGAAGAGAAGCCAAUGCCAUUGAGUUGUGCUCCUAAAGUUCAAGAGGUCAGGAUGAAGCCAGAAACAAUUCCUGCCCUCUCACUGGAAGAGCCGCAGACUGGGCUCAGAGAGGCUAAACAACCCUCUCUGAUUUCUGAACAGCAGACCGAGGUCAAGCACAAACUGCGAAAAACAGGCAGCUUUUCCAGGAAAUCCCAACAAAGAGCAACCCAUGAGCCAACUUUUUCUGCAAACACCCAGUCAGAUGAAUCCGUGGAGAGUUCAAACUCUAAGAGGGAGAAUCCCCAUGAAGCCAAACCUCAGACUGCCAGAACCAGCGCCUCACCACUUCAGCUGGCUGCUGAGAGCAAGAAGAGACAGGUGGCCCAACCAAGACAAAGAUCUGGCUCUCCUUUCCAGACCGACUCCUCCAGACCGCUUGCUCGAAUCAUGAAUGAGCAUCCCUGGAAGCCCCUCACCCUUGCUGCAUACCCUCGACCAGAGGGUUCUAGAUCCAACUAUGGUGCGGUGGAAAGGAUUCUGAAAAAUUACGAGAGUGCGGCACUAGCACAACAGGAUGAGAUGGUUUCUAAGCCUACAGAACUGGACAUGCUGGACAUGGCCCCUCUGCCUUCAAGCCCCACUCUGAGAGUCAUGCAAGCAUCACCCACCCCUCAGGCUCACAGCCUCCAGAGGGUCAAGGAGGUGCAGCUUAAAGUGCAGGAGGAUGAAGAGCCCUCGGUCAGCCCCCCCUCCAUCCACAAGAACUUUUCAAGGCCCGCCCGUCCUGCCAACCGACGCCUCCCCUCCAGAUGGGCCAGCCGCUCCCCCACGUCGUCCUCCUCUCCCCCAUCCUCUCCAUGCACCACCCCUGUCAUACCCACCUCCUUCCCCCUCCAGAAACACUCUUCCACCUUUACGUACACUCAUGGCUUUCACAUAGAGACGGUCAUCAUUUGAAACUCCAUGAUGUUUUGGAACCAACCAGAAGCCUUUACGGACAAACUCUGAACUCUUUAACCAUUCUUUCUGUUGUGUUAACCAUAUUCUUUACUAAAGACUCAGAAUUUACUCAGAAUGUAUUAAUCCACUAAGUGAGUUCAUGAAAUCCUGUGGAACAUACCUGAUCAAGAUCAUUGAUCCAAACAGCUGACAGGACUAUAAUGAUGACAGCAUCCAUACAUGUUAGAAAUGACUCCAAGCUUUUCCAACCAUCUAAAGGAAUAAUCUGCUCAGGUCUGGAUUCCAGCUUUGACUAGUAUGACUUUAUAAAUCUACAUAUAACAGCCUUUUACUAACGUCUCUCCUCUAUGGACUGAUUCUAGUUUCUGUUUGAAUCUGUUGCAAUGAUGCAGAGAUUUAUCUGAAUAAUUUCCCAACAGUAAAGUAUCCUGCAGUGAGUUUAUGACUGGGCUGUACCUUGACUGUGACCAGAAAAUGUUGUUUUUCAUUAAAGUUUGACUUUUCAUUUAUUAUUGCUACACAAAGAACAGCUGCAUAAAAAUGUGACUUUUUUUACACCUGUACCAAAGGCUGUCUUCUGCGUAUUGUUAAGUGUAUUGUUUAAAAUAACAUUCUCUUUUCUGCCGUAGAUAACGUUAUCUAGCAUAGCACUUGCUCAUGAAAAGAGAUAGGAAUCCCUUUUUUAACUAAAUGCUCAUCUAUCAGGACGCUACCAGGCUAAGUGGCGUUUUUUAUGGCUGAUAGGCAGUGAGACACAAUGCCUUUGCUGUUGAUUUUUUUUUUUUUUUUUUUACAAUAAACACAAGAUU